UAGGAGGGUGGGGCUGCUAUUGCUGUGCUUGCAGGAAGAUGGAUGUUCUCAGUAAAAUUACAGCUCGACAGAUAAUCCAUUAUGGAGUCUCUGAGAUGCUCCUUACGAUAAUGACCUGCUAUACAAUUGCUGUAGCUCUUGGCCACGUCCCUGCUUGGCUACCAAUGAUCAGUGAUUGUGCAGUGAAGCCACCAGAGAUGUACUUGUUUCGUCUUGGUGUCGUGUUUGGGGCUAGUUUGCUUGCUCUCCAGGCCGUUACUGUCUAUUAUGCAAAUAAAGAGAGGCCCUUGAGCAGUUUAAAUGCAGUCCUGGCCCUGGUAGCAUCAAUAAGUAUUGGGAUUGUUGGAGUUGUUAACGAAAAGGAAGACGAUUCUGUGCAUUCAUUUUUUGCUGUGUUAUUCUUUAUAUGCUAUGACGUGUACAUGGUUCUUUCAGUUCUAACUACCAUCACAAGGAAGCCUUCUAACUGCACUGGAUUUGGUCUAACUAUUGCUGUAUCUUCUUUUAUUAUUAAAACAAUUUGUGCUAUUAUUGGAGUCAUCACUGGAACUGGCUACACACUGGGAAUAUUCAGCUUCAUUUCAGUAGGUGGUAGCAUAGCACUAGCAAUGUUUGAAUGGGCCAAUACUUUUACUAUAAUGGGAUUCAUAUGGAGCUAUCUUCUUGAUAACUUCCUAACUGGUGUGGACAUCUUUGAAGUGAGGGUCAGCUCUGAAAAGGAUUCUGAAAAGCCUCAAGAAAUGAACAAACUGCUUCCUUGAACUAAUGGUUGAUUUGCUUGCUUGCUACUAAAAUUAAUAUAUUAUUUAUAUAAUGCUGUGUGCUAUUUUGAGUGUAUUUUUGACUUUUUGAGUGAUUGAAUAACAAUUUCAUAAUACCGGGUAA